AUGCUCUGCUUACCGUAUUAUUUUUUUAAAAUCAAAGUUUCUAAUGGAAGUGAUGUUGAAUCAUUAGAAACUCAAGUUCAAGCCCAUUUGUCCCUAUUACCAUCUGGUGCAACUAGCACACCUCGCCGUAAUAAUCCUGAUCAAAAUAUUAUUAAUAUACUUGUAGAACAAUUACCAGGAUCAGAAAUACAAAUUAUUUAG